AUGGCGAACCUUCCAUCCACCGUGGAGGCUAUUGCUAUCCAGAAGACUGGAGGAUAUGAAGUUAUCGAGAAGGUUACCUUGCCUUUCCCAAAGGUAGAACCGGGGCAUCUCGUUGUUAAGGUUGAAUAUCUCGGUGUCAACUUUAUAGACACCUACUACAGGCAAGGACUGUACCCCUACAAGGAAUUCCCAGCUGUGUUGGGAAAGGAAACAUCUGGAACCAUCGUCGCCUUGCCUACUGAUCCCGCAGUGCUCAAAGAUCCGGAAUUCAUCAGGCAGAAUUUUACUCUUGGGGGGAAGGUGGCUUGUGAUUACCUGGGCUCCCACCAGACAUACAUCUCCGUCCCCUGGAUCAAGACGUACCCGAUCAUCAAUGGGGUCUCCACAUUGGAAGCAGCGGCAGGGACCUUACAGGCUUUGACGACCGUCAGCUUCUUUGAAGAGGCUUAUAAGGUUUCCAAGGGGGACAUCAUCCUUAUCCAUACUGUAGCUGGUGGCCUUGGCCUUCUAAUGGCCCAGUUGGCGAAGCAUAUCGGUGCUACAGUGAUCGGCACGACGUCCACGAAGGAGAAGGCUGAGCUCGCGAAGAGGUGUGGAGCCGAUCACGUUAUUCUGUACAAGGAGGAGGAUACCGUUCGGAGAGUGUUGGAGAUUACAAAUGGAGAAGGUGUACACGCCGUUUUCGAUGGCGUUGGAAAGGACACGUUCGAUUCCAACUUCAAGAUGUUGAGACGGAAAGGCACAUUGGUUUCCGUUGGCAAUGCAUCUGGCGCAGUUCCACCUUUCCCACCGAUUAGAUUAAUCGAGAAAAAUCUUAAGCUGCUUCGUCCCACGAUGAAUAAUUACACCGUGACACCAGACGAAGUUCACUAUUACGGCCAUAAGAUCUUUGAGUUGAUUGGGAAUGGUGUUCUGAAGAUCAACGUCUUCAAGGAGUAUCCCUUUACUGCGGAAGGAGUACAACAAGCGCAGCAAGAUCUUGUCGAAGGAAAGACAACAGGAAAGUUGGUAGUCAAGGUGCAGGACGCAUAA